AUGGUUAAGAAAAUGUUAGAGGUUGUUGUAAACUAUUUGUAUCCUGCACUCACUACAGUAAAGACGGACUGGCUUUUCCUGUGUACUCCAGACUCUGUCAUGUUUGCCACCAGUCACCUUCUCUUCCCUUCCCCAAACCUCUUUCGCCUGCAGGUCCCUUUUACUUCCUUUGAGAUGUGGUCAAGGAAACUGUUACAGUGCCCCACCCCCACUCCUGUAUUGGCUCCUGAGGCCUCUCCUCCUGGGCAACCCUGGACCCUUCAGGAAGCAGCCAGCGAUCUGGUCCCGGCAUCUGCCAGCCUGGCUGUUCUGUGCCUGUUGGUGUGGAUACGUUAA